AGGUUACUCGGUUAUAGUGUUAUAGGGGUUACUUUGUUAUGAUUUAAAUAUUUUUUAGGAGCACAAAUUUAGGACUUAUAAUUAGUUAAUAAAGCAACAAGAUUAGUUAUGGAUUAGUGUAAAGAAAAAGAUGGCUCAACUUUCUCCCUACCUUAAUUCCACUUUUACCGUUUUCUCCUGUUCAUUUCAGACCCACCACGCUCCUGUCUGAAUAUCUGCUUUACAACUUAGAAAAAGAAUUAAUCUUCUGGAUCUAAUCUCACCCAAUUUCUUUAAUUUUUAAUCUUUUUGUUCAAGGUAUUUUUAUUUUAUUUUUUAAAUUUUUUAUUAUUUAAGUAUUUCAUCUAUGUCAGUGCUUAGUGAUUGGUUACCCAUAAACUGUACCAAAAGUACACAACUUUACCCUCAUAAAUUACAGAAUUCUGUGAUGAUCAAAUCAUUGAACAAGAAAGAAAUAUCACUGAUUCCCAAAUUAACAUUUUGAUUAAUUUUUCAUUCUAUUAUAUCUUCUUGAUUUUCCCAAAUUAAUUUCUGGGUUUCUUCUAAUCUUGUUAAUUUUUUCUGGGGUUUCAAAAAAAAUUACACAAAAAUGCUAGAGUUGCUUCACUUUUACUUCAUCUAAUUAAAUUCACUUUGUACUUUUGAAUUUAUUCUGGGAAUGAGUGUUCUUUGGGCAUUGAUUCUACACCCUGUACUCUCUCUGCAUUCACUUUUACAGGCUCUCUAUUCUCUGAAAUUCCUGUUCUGUUUUCUUCUGUUGAACAGAAGUAUAACAGUAUUCAGUGUAGUAUAGAUUUUGCUUAUGUUUUACUCCAAAGAAAGAGGGCGGGUAAUACGGUAGCUCAUCUUGUAGCAAGACGGGAUACUAAUAUUGAUUCCGAAUACGUUUGCUGAGAAAAAUGUUAAUCACUAGUGUUGAAGAAGAGAUCUCAAUCCCAUUUGAAAAUGGAAAUGAGGUUCUGAAAAUUUCAGAUGGUAUAAAUGGGAAUUUAACAAUUCAGGAAAUUCCUAUAAUUUCUGCUCUUACAAAUAAUGUGGUCCCUGAAAACACUCAGAGUGAUCUCAGUGAAUUAAUAUCAAAUUUAGAAGAAGAGAUUAUAGGAUUGAAGUCUAAGCAAAAGGAUUUGGAUGAAAAGAGAAGAGGGUUGUUAAAUAAGAUAUUGGACUUUAAAGGAAGCAUUCGAGUAUUUUGUCGAAUUCGACCAUUGUUGUGGAGCAAUAUCAGCAAAAAUGAUGAUCCUGUGGUGGUUGAUUUGGACAAAGUUGUUGUCAAAUCAGCUGGAAGCAAGAAGGGAUUUGACUUUGAUAAGGUGUUUUGUCAAAAUUCAACUCAAGAAGAUGUAUUUGUUGAGGUUGAACCAAUUCUCAGAUCUGCACUUGAUGGGCACAACGUUUGUAUUUUUGCUUAUGGUCAAACUGGUACUGGAAAGACCUUUACAAUGGAUGGGAUGAAUGAUCAACCAGGCAUUGUUCCUCGAGCUCUUAAAGAGCUCUUUCACUAUGCCUCUUUGCAUUCUACUGCUUCUGUCACUUUCUCUAUGAGCAUGUUGGAAGUUUACAUGGGCAACUUAAAGGACUUGUUGGCUCCGAAGCCAACUCGUAGAGCAUAUGAACCGGUAUCAAGAUGCAACCAGCUGAAUGUUCAAGUUGAUGCAAAAGGAGUUGUUGAAAUUGAAGGCCUUACAGAAGUGCCCAUCUCUGAUUUCUCAAAGGCCAAUUGGUGGUACACUAAGGGAAGACGAGCUCGUGCAACUUCAUCCACUAAUGUUAAUGAUGUGUCUAGCAGAUCGCAUUGCUUAAUGAGGAUCACCAUUUCUCAUCAUGGAGGUGCUCCGGAAGGUCAAGCAAGAACUAGCAAGUUGUGGAUGGUUGAUCUUGGAGGGAGUGAACGGUUGCUGAAAACUGGAGCUACUGGUCUAACAUUAGAUGAAGGGCGUGCCAUAAAUCUCUCACUUUCUGCUCUGGGUGACGUUAUUGCUUCACUCAGACGAAAAAGAACUCAUGUUCCCUACAGAAAUAGAAAACUCACUCAAAUAUUGAGAGAUUCACUUGGAAAUGAAUCAAAGGUAUUGAUGAUCGUGCAUAUAAGUCCCGUUGAAGAAGAUCUAGGGGAGACCAUUUGCUCUAUGAGUUUCGCCAAAAGGGCAAGAGGCAUAGAAUCAAACCAAGAGUUGCCUCAGGAAAUAAAGCAAUUAAGGCAAAAGAAAAUAGCAGAGCUUUCUGAUGAAAUGAGAGAAGCUGAAGAAGAGUACCAAAAAGCCAGGGAUCAAUUGCAGAAGGCUGAAUCACUUCUUAGUGAGAAAAAACAGGUUAAUGCAGUUGCCUGUGACAGCACCGAAGAUGAAGAAAAGAUCACAGAUAACACCAAAAUCGAUUCCAAGGAAAUUGUAGAUACCCCUUGUGAUUCUGAAAAACCAACCAAAAGAAAAUCAUUGCCGCAUUAUAUGACUCCCACUGCUAUCAGUCGCCUGAGGCACAGUGCUUCAGAACGACAAAAUCACUAUGCAGCAAGAGUUUUAAGGUCUGGGACUAGAAGCUCCAUGCAACUUUCAGCUUCACAGUCCCUUAGUUUUCUUGAGCCUCGUCUUAAAGCAGUUCUACAAAGUGCAAGUAGACAUCAUCCUGAUAAAGCAGCGAAGAAUGUUCCCACUGAGACUCAAAACUGCAAUAACUUGGAACCUAAAUCUGCCUCCUCAGCGCGUAAUAAACCAGUGACACCAUCACUUGUGAACAGCAAGCCUACAUACAUUCGUCAUAGGAGAAGGAUGUCAAAUCUUAUCUGAUCAGAAAUUCUUGUUUGCUCACUCUACAUAAUCCAGUUAUGAGUGUGAUCAUUCUCAGAUCCUUCCUAGGACUUUUUCUUUUUCGGACUGCAAGUCGUGCUUUUCUGGGUGUUGUUACUGGACUUGUUGGUUGGUUUGUUAGCUUUUUUUCAAGUUUGUUAGCUGUGAUUAACAGCUUAUUAGGUAUCCACUAUGAGUUACAUUGUGUGUUGGGUGGAUCACUCUUUUAGACUGAAAGGCUAUCUUUUUUUAUGUGUAGCCCAAAGUUUGAUGUAUGACAUAGGGAGGAAAAAGGGUAUAAAAUCUGUAUGUUGGAUUUUUGUUUUACUGGUUUUUGAAGAGUGUAACUAAAAUAGACAUAAACUUUGUAAAAUUUUGACUGAAACAUAUAAAAUAAAAUAGUUUGGUUUGCUUAUUGACACUUUUUGGUGUAUCUUCAGAAUAUUUUGACA